GAUUCCAUUUAGGUCUAGCGUUGUUUUUGGCGAGUCAUGGAGUGUUUUGGUGACUUUCGGUGAGUUUCGGUAAAAAGACAGACUUUUUUGGUGGAGUGAACUAUAAGGAACUGAGAACUUCACUUCAGUGAACCAGCUUAGUUAGGCUUGUUGGCCUAGAGAUUCUCUAGACUACUUCUUUUAACUUGUUUGUAGGCCCUAGCGACUACUUUGUAGGCCUAGGCCUAGUGCAGGAUCUUUGAUCCCGAGACAAGACCAACAAAAUAACAUGGAUAUAAAAGAUCUAGGGGCGAACGAAACUGUAGUCGAUCUUCCACCUAAGACUAAGAGUAAAAGACAACGGACAAGCCAGUGGUGCUCUGCAGUCAAUUGUAAAAAUGAACGAUAUAAAAGACCGGAUCUUUCAUUUUUUCGGUUUCCUAAGGAUAAGGUGAGGAGCCGUAAGUGGGUGGUGAACUGCCGAAGACAGGAUUUGCUAAGCAAGUCACCAGAGAGUCUCUCCAUUGGUAACGUACUCUGCUCAGAACACUUUGAGGACUCGGAGUUUGCCACUGCGAGGAGAAAUCAGCUGCGUCGUAACAAUACAGCUAUACCAACGCUGUUCAAUUUCAAUGUGCCCAAUCCUCCGCGUAGAUCUGCUCAAGAACUAGAUCUAGAUUUAGAUCUAGAUGGAAACAGAUCACCUUCAAGAAGAUCUAGAUCUACUGUGCCUAAGCCUACAAAAUAUUCAAGCCCUUCGCCUUCGCCUUCAAGAACAUUGGAGGGAAUUUCUCAACCUCGAACUUCAUUUCGUCAGAAAAUGGUUACGUCUUGUGCUGCCCUUGGGUGUACAAAUUGCCAGACAACACAAUCCCAGGUCUUGUCUGAGCAUCGUGUUAGAGAUCUGACGUUUCACCGGUUCCCCAUGAAAAAUGAUGGACUUCUGGCGAAAUGGGUUGAAGCAGUCCGACGAGACAAAUUCACCCCAACAAGCGCACACAGGCUCUGCAGCCGGCACUUCCGUGAAUCAGACUUCAUCGAAGGUGACCGCAGGAGAGUCUUGAAACGUGAUGCGGUGCCCUCAAUUUUUGAUUUCUCCCAGCACCUGAUGGUUGUCAAUCAUGAUACACCGGUCUCGCCCUUGAACAGAGGUAGAGGAUGUCGAAGUGGCCGCAAGACCGUGAGCAAGACAGACAUCUCCCAGAUUUUUUCAGAGGCUGUGGCCAGAGUGGAAGAAGUCCGUAGGGCAGCUGAGACUUCUGUCUGUACUGUUGGCGUACAGACUGAUCCUGUUUACAUUUUGCCAAUGGAAGACGCAGAUUUGAUGACAUUUGGCACAGAUAAAGGAUUGUCUGCCCGCCUCACUCUGGACUCGGCACAGAGACCUCCAGGGAACAGCCCGGGUCUUGUGCGUCAUCCCUGCAGGUUCUGCGGCGCUGCUUUCGUGAGCGAGUUACAGCUCAAGCUUCAUCGGUGGAUUCAUCAGAUGGCCCAGCCCGGAUCUCAGAGGAGAAGGGCUGCUUCAAUUUCUGAGAUGAGACUGGCCACUCCCGGUUCUACGAAGAAGAAUGAAGGAGCGAGCAUGUCGAGAGUGCUGAAGGGUGUGAAUAACGGGGCAGAGGGUUCUGCAGCAGACGCAGACCUUGGAGCGAUGGAGAUCACUGUGUUGUCUGACAGGAGAGUGAUAACGCCGUGGCAAACUGGGCAGGAGAACGUGCCGGUAGUAGAACUUCCACGCGCUGUGAAACAGACAGGUACUCUAGGGAUUAAGUCAGGGAUUAUUGUUGGGAAGAAAAGACCAGUUGGUAAGUUUCAGCGAAGUUUGCUGAAGGACAGGCUGCCAAGGGAGAGUGGUCAGGUGAGAAGUGACAGCGAAGACAAUACGCCAAAGAAGUGCCCAGUGUGCGGGGAGAUGUUUGUGAAGCCCGCGGCCCUGAGAAUUCACCUGUCUGAGCACCUGUACUACGACAUACAUCGAGGCCAGGUGUUGAUUCGUGGGGCCAUCAUGCCCAACACCAACGGAACCGGCCUGGGCGUCAUGGAACAGACCUCGGCCGGUGAAGACCUUGCGGGUGAGCAAGAGGGACCCUUGCCGGACGGGCAGGCCAAAUCAAACGGGCCGGUGCCAUAUAGCCACAGCGAUGUGAAAGGUAGUGAGUUCAGCUACGUGUGUACUCUGUGUAAUAUUGGAUUCAUGCGUAAGAAACAGUUGUGUGUGCAUCGACUCUCGGAGCACAGCAGCGUCAAGAUGGCGUACAGGGACAAGACGCUGGUGCUCAAGUCGCCCUCGCCCAUCAGACGUAAGUCCAACAUGUGUGAGAUCUGUGGGGAGGUGUUUAAGUCACUCUACUCCAUGAAGAUCCAUGUGCUUUGCCACCAUGACUUUUCUACUUCUCAGGCCCUCAGAGUUCACAAGAAACUGCACGAGCCGAAAGAAGCCCAGCCUUCUGAAAAGUCGAAAAUGGAAAAGUUUGUCUGCGAUGUCUGCGGCAAGACAGUUAGUUCAAUGAAGCAGUUACGGUACCACCUGGCUCGUCAUGCAGGUGGGGAUACAUUCACAUGCCGAGUUUGCAAAGAGAAAUUCUCCUCCUAUAAGCUGUUGAAGGCCCACCAGGCUGAGCAGGGCCACGUGGCCGACAAGCCAAUUAUCUGUGAGGUGUGCGGCUCUGCUUUCUCUCGCAUCUACGAUCUCGAGAGACAUCAUUUCGUAGCUCAUGUCAAGAACAAAGAUAAGAAGCAAACAGUGAAGAAGAAAAGAGAGGAAGGAAGUUUCCCUUGCGAGUAUUGCGGAAAAGUUUUUCGCUUCAGAGACAGACUGCAGUACCAUGUGGGUGUGCAUACAGGGGAAAAGUCCUAUCAGUGCGAAAUUUGCUACAAAACUUUUUGCUACCCGGGUUCUCUGUCUUUUCAUAAACGGAAGCACAGGGAGACAAAGGUGAAAGAGAAGCCAAAAGUAAGAGUGACCUGUGAGUAUUGCCAUAAGGUUUUCUGCAGCAAGCAUACACUGGCCAGUCACAUCAAAUACCACACCGGUGAAAAUCUCCACACCUGUGAAAUUUGCAACAAGUCUUUUGCGUACAAGGAUUCAUUCGUCUUGCACAAACGAAGCCAUGCAGGCGAGCUGCCUCAUGAAUGCGACGUCUGUCACAAGCGAUUUCUUCGCCAUUUCAACUUAAGGUGUCACUACCGCAUCCACACGGGCGAGAAACCAUAUCCUUGCCAGAUCUGUGGCCAGAGGUUUCGGCGGCUCGGUGACCGCAACUCGCACCAGAAGCGUCACGCCACACAGGCCGCCGAGGCAUCCAACAACGUGUCGAGCAACACAGCAGCGGUCCAGACGCAGGUGGAGGCCCAAGUCCCAGCCACAAUUCAGAUUCAAGUCCACACGCAGCAGGACAAUGAGACGGCCGCUUCGGUCAUUAGUAUUCUUUGAGGUUACUUAUUCUCUUUUACAUUGCACUAAGGCUUCAUGCUGUGGGAAAGAUUCUUUUUCAACAGUUUACAUUGAAACACUUCCUAUGAGUCGUUCUACUCCCAGUACAGUGACUUAAAAGUUGAACAUGAUGACUUGCUGUGAAUUAUCUUGUUUUCAACGUUUUUAUCAGCUUGACAAUGGUGGAAAAUAUGUACUUGUUAUUGUACAAAUGAUAUAGGUGGCGACCAUGCCUGUUGUGUCGUGUUAAGUUCACAGCAGAUGACAGAAAAAAUAAUUCUUUUAAAAUUACUUCGGAUCUGCUCCAGCCAAAAAUUACUUUGGGAAAGCUGAUGUUUUUGUUCUUGUCAAUGAUUGUACUUCAAUAUUCUGAAGAAAAAUUGAGCACAAAACUUCGUAAUCCAGUUGUCUUUGUCUGUUGGUUUAUGAAAUUCUAACCUCACUUUGUUAAUUUUACUGUAAGCUGUUGUAUUAUUAAAAAAUUUUGUCCAUGAGGUAAUAC